GUGGGUGUCGCCGGCCGCCGCGGGGCUGCGGGGCUGCGGGGCUGCAGGGCUAGGGAUUCGAAUUCCGCACCGAGAGGCCGUGGAGCAGGAGGUGCCGGUGGCCAGGGGUCUACACUCUGAAAACAGCCUAUGGAUCCAGCCCAGGGGCAGGAUGGGGCCCGGACACUCAUGAGCCCCUCGGCAUGAGGACCCUGGAGCACUGCCGUGAGCCAGGAAGCCAGGUGAUUGGACACUGAUGGUGGAAACAAAGGCAUUGGUUUGACCCCCGGGAGGAUGAAGGCCGUCUCCGGAAGUCACCCCAUCCAGGCCCAGACGAUGCCCUGAUGAGCAGCAUGGACUGUGGACGCCAUAACCCAGAAGAGUGAGGCCGGCCCUGGUUACAGCCACAUCCUUUUGCCAACAUCACACGAGAGCCGGCUGCUCAUGGACGUUGCUGGAAUCCAAAUGGGCAGCGGGAACACAUGGGACUGGCUCGUGCAGCUGCUCAGCAAAAACCCAGAAUGGCUGAGCACCAAGGUGAAGUUCUUCCUCCCCAACACGGACCUGGGCUCCAGCAGCGAGCCCCCAGACCCUGCACAGGGGGUCACCCUACAGCUCAAGCUCCUGUGUGGCCGAGGCCUGGCCACCUGGCGGUCAUUCAUCUACUGUGUGUGCAUGGAGCUGGAGGUGCCCCUGGAGCUGGAGGUGCUGCUGCUGAGUACCUGGGGCCAUGAAGAAGGGACCCUUCCCCAUGAGAUGAGCCCGGAGCAGUCACCAGGGGUCCCUCACAACCCCGCAGCAUGUCAGUCCUGUCUUGCAGGGAUCCCCAGCCCCCUGGGAGCUGGGGAUCCAAGCUGGUCUGGAUCGCAGCUCCACCACGGCCUCAAGUGCCCUCAUCACAGCCCUGGGCCCUCACCACAAUGGAAGCACUGCAGGAGACAGCGGCGAGAGCUGGCCCAGAGGUACCUGGAGCUCCUGAGGACAUCCGUCCAGGAACACUACUGCAGCGGGCCCCCCAGCUCAGGGCAGCACCUGGCCUCCCUCCAGGCCUACAUUCCUCCCAUCCUGCAGUGGAGCCGGGCCACGACGCCCUUAGACCCUCAGAAGGGGGCUAACUCAGGGGACCCCAAAACGGAAGAUGGCGCCGACGUCAGCAUCCAGGACCUCUUCAGCUCCAGGAGCCACAAGGGCCCGAGGGUGACAGUGCUGCUGGGCAAGGCCGGCAUGGGCAAGACCACACUGGCCCGCUGGCUCUGCCAGAAAUGGGCCGAGGGCCAGCUGCACCGCUUCCAGGCCCUGUUCCUGUUUGAAUUCCGCAAGCUCAACCUGAUCACACGGCUCCUGACGCUGCCCCAGCUCCUCUUUGAUCUGUCCCUGAGCCCCGAGGCGGAGCCCGAAGCUGUCUUCCAGUACCUACAGGAGAAUGCCAGUCGGGUCCUGCUGAUCUUCGACGGGCUGGAUGAGGCCAUGUACCCCUGCUCGGGCAGGGAGACCAUGGACCCACACAGCCCAAGGCCAGCCCUCGCACUCUUCUCUGACCUCUGCCGUGGGACCCUCCUGCCCGGCUGCUGGGUGAUAGCCACCUCCCGCCCGGGGAAGCUGCCCACCUGUCUGCCCACGGAGGCCGCCAUGGUGCACAUGUGGGGCUUCGAUGGGCCGCGGGUCGAGGAAUACGUCAGCCACUUCUUUGGUGAGCAGCCGUCACAGGAGGCGGCCCUGGCUGAGUUGCGGGCGAACAGACAGCUCCGGAACAUGUGCGCGGUGCCCGCGCUGUGCCUGGCCGUCUGUCUCUGCCUCUACCACCUGCUGCCUGGCAGCGCGCCGGACCAGUGCGCGGCCCUCCUGCCCACCGUGACGCAGCUCUACAUGCGCAUGGUGCAGGCCCGCAGCCCACGCAGGCCCCUGCCAGCCGCAACCCUGCUGGGCCUCGGGGAGGUGGCCCUGAGAGGCCUGGAGGCCAGGAAGACCAUCUUCUACGUGGGAGACAUCGCCCCACCCCUGUUGGCCUUCGGGGCCGCCCACCACCUGCUCACCUCCUUCCACAUCCGCAUGGGGCCCGGGCACUGGGACACGGGCUACGCCUUCACUCACCUCAGCCUGCAGGAGUUUUUUGCUGCCCUGUACCUGAUGGCCAGCCCCAAGGUGGACGAAGACACCCUUGCACGCCACAUCACCCUCAAUUCCCGCUGGGUGCUACGGACCAAAGCUAGCCUUGGCCUCUCCGACCACCUCCCCACCUUCCUGGCCGGCCUGGCCUCCCACGCCUGCCGUCCCUUCCUCAGCCACGUGGCACAAAACGACGAGGCCCGGGUGGACGCCAAGCAGACCGCAGUGGUGCAGGUGCUGAGGAAGAUGGCAGCGCGUAGGUUCACAGGGCCGAAGGUGGUGGAGCUUUGUCACUGCGUGGUGGAGACCCAGGUGCCUGAGUUGGCGCAGUUCACGGCCCAACGCCUCCCCUAUCAGCUGCCCUUCCACAACUUCCCACUGACAUACACCGACCUGGCCGCCCUGGCCAGCGUCCUGGAGCACAGGGCUGACCCCAUCCACCUGGAUUUCGAGGGCUGCCCACUGGAGCCCCACUGCCCCGAGGCUCUAGCAGGCUGUGGACAGAUAGAGAAUCUCAGCUUCAAGAGUAGGAAGUGUGGGGACGCCUUCGCCGAAGCCCUCUCCAGGAGCUUGCCGACUCUGGGGAACUUGCAGAAGCUGGGGUUAACAGGAAGUAAGAUCACUGCCCGAGGCAUCAGCCACUUGGUGCAGGCUUUGUCCUUCUGUCCACAGCUGGAAGAGAUCAGCUUGCAUGACAACCAACUCAAGGACCAAGAAGUUCUGGGCCUUGUGGAAGGGCUCCUUUGCCUUGCCCUGCUCCGGAAGCUUGACCUGAGCCGCAACAGCAUCUCUGUGUCGACUCUGCUGUGCCUGGUAAAGGUGGCGCUCACAUGCCCUACCGUCAGAACUCUGCAGGUCAGGGAGGCAGACCUCAUCUUCCUUCUGUCCCCGUCCGUGGAGACAGCUACGGAGCUACAAAGGGCUCCAGACCUACAGGAAAAUGUCAGCCGGAAAAAAGAGACUCGGACCAGAGGCCUGGCACUCAGGCUCCAGAAGUGUCAGCUCAGGGUCCAUCAUGCAGAGAUGCUCAUAGCCCUGCUCCAGGAAGGCCCUCCCCUGGAGGAAUUGGACCUCUCAGGGAACCAGCUGGAAGAUGAAGGCUGUCGACUCCUGGUAGAGGCUGCUCCCCAGCUGCACAUCGCCAGGAAGCUGGACCUCAGUGACAACGAGCUGUCUGUGGCUGGAGUGUCCUAUGUGCUACGUGCUCUGAGCACCUGCUCGACCCUGGCAGAGGUGCACAUCAGCCUGCUGCGCAAAACUGUGCUCCUCACCUUUGCCCACGAGCCAGAGGAGCAGGAGGGAGCCUGGGAGAGGGCGACAUUUCUUGACAACCUCAGGUCCCAGAUGCCUGCUGAGCUGCCCGUGGACUCCCGGAGGAUCAGGCUGGCUCACAGCGGCUUCCAAGCCAAGCACCUGGAGCCGCUCUGCCGAGCGCUGGGAGAAAGCCGCUGCCUCGGUCCCCUGGGCCACCUCGACUUAUCAGGCAACGCUCUGGGGGAUGAAGGUGCCGCCCUGCUGGCUCAGCUGCUCCCAGGGCUGGGCCCCCUGCAGUCCUUGGACUUCAGCGAGAACGGCUUAUCCCUGGACGCUGUGUUCAGUCUGGCCCGGUGCCUGUCUACCGUGCAGUGGGCUGCCCACUUGGACAUCAGCUUUAGGAGUCAGAGCAUCCUCCUGAGAGGUGACGAGCCAGGCAGGGAGGCGCUGGCUGCCGGCCCUCUGCCAGACUACCCAGCUGGAGCCCAGCUGCUGGGGUUCAGACCGCGCCACGGCCCCAGGAGCUUUCGCCUCAGCGAGUGUCAGCUGGAGCCCCCGAGCAUCACCUGCCUCAUCACGGCUCUGCAGGAGUGCCCAGGGCCACUGGAAGUCCAAUUGUCCUGUGAGGCCCUGAGCGAGCAGGGCCUGGAGACGCUGCUGUGCUGCCUGCCCCGGCUCCCCCAGCUGCGGCUGCUACAGCUGAGCGAGACGGGCCUGACCCCGCGAAGCCCCUUCCUGCUGGCUGAUGUCUUCAGCAAGUGCCCACGGGUUCAGAAGGUGGAGCUCAGGUCCCUGCGUCAUGCGACACUGCUCUUCAAGUCUAGCGAGGAGCAGGGAGGGGUGUGCUGCAGGUUCACCGGCUGCGGCCUCAGCCAGGAGCACGUGGAGCCGCUGUGCUGGGUGCUGGGCAAGCGUGAAGACCUGUGCCAGCUGGACCUCUCUGCAAACCUGCUGGGUGAUGACGGCCUCAGACGCCUUCUGGGAUGUCUGCCAUGCAUGCCUAUCUCUGGAUCGCUGGACCUGAGUCACAACAGCAUCUCCCAGGAGAGCGUCCUGAGCCUGCUGGAGAUGCUGCCCUCCUGCCCACGUGUCCGCGAGGCCUCAGUGAACCUGGGCUCCGAGCAGAGCUUCUGGAUUCAUUUCUCCAAGCAGGAGGAAGCUGGCAAGAUGCUUAGGCUGAGCGAGUGCAGCUUCCCGCCAGAGCAGCUGCCCCGACUGGCCUCUGGCCUGAGCCAGGUCCUCCAGCUGGUGGAGCUCACGCUGAGCCGGUGCUGCCUGGGCCUGAAGCAGCUGAGCGUCGUCCUGCACCUGCUGAGGCAGCCAGCGGGGGUACUCAGCCUCAGGGUGGAGGAGCCAUGGCUGGGCAGAGCCGGGGUGCUCGCCCUGCUGGAAGUCUGUGCCCAGGCCUCAGGCAAUGUCACUGCAGUCAGCAUCUCCGGGACCCAGCAGCAGCUCUGUGUCCAGCUGGAAUUUCCUCGUCGGGAAAAGCAUCCAGAUGCUGUGGCCCCAAGGCUGGCUCACUGCGACCUGGGGACACACCACAGCCUUUUGGUGCAGCAGCUGACGGAGACCUGCGCCGGGCUGCAGCGGCUCAGCUUGUCCCAGGUUAACCUCAGCGAUGACGAGGACGGCGACGCCAGCUCCCUGCUCCUGCGCGACCUCCUGCCAGCCCUCUCUGAGCUGAAGAGCUUCCGGCUGACCAGCAGCUGUGUGAGCACCAAGAACCUCAGCCACCUGACAUCCGGUCUGGGCCACUGCCACCACCUGGAGGAGCUGGACUUGUCUAACAAUCAGUUCAGUGAGACGGGCACCCUGGCACUGUUGGCGGCCCUGGAGGGAAAGCACAGGCUGCAGCGGCUCAGCCUCACUCACCUGCCCCUGGGCGGCUCCACUGUGGCCAUGCUCACUCGAGGCCUCAGCCACGUGGCCCUCCUGCAGAGCUUCCAACUGAGUGGGAACCACAUCGAUGAUGUGGGUUGCUGCCACCUUUCUGAGGCCCUCAGAGCUGCCACCAGGUUGGAAGAGCUCAUCUUGGAUCACAACCAGAUUGGAGACACUGGGGCCCGACACUUGGCUGCCAUCCUGUCGGGGCUGCCGGAGCUCAGGAGGAUCGACCUCUCAGCCAAUGGCAUCGGCCCGGCUGGGGGAGUGCAGUUGGCUGCCUCCCUGGCUCUUUGCAGGCACCUGGAGGAGCUGAUGCUGGGCAGCAACGCGCUGGGAGAUCCCACAGCCCUACAGCUGGCUCGGGGGUUGCCUCCACAUCUGAGGGUCCUGCACCUGCGGUCCAGCCGUCUGGGCCCAGAGGGGGUGCUGAGCCUGGUCCGGGCCCUGGAUGGAUGCCCUCACGUGGAAGAGAUCAGCCUGGCAGAGAACAGCCUAGCCCAAGGGCUCCCACGUUUGUGUACGGGACUCCCGCAGCUCAGACAGAUGGACCUGGUCUCCUGUGAGAUUGACAACCAGGCUGCCAAGCAGCUCGCUGCCAGCUUCCCGCUCUGCCCGGCCCUGGAAGAAAUCUUGCUCUCUUGGAAUCUCCUGGGGGACGAGGGAGCCAUGGAGCUGGCCCAGGUGCUGCCUCGGAUGCGCCAGCUGAAAAGAGUAGACCUGGAGAAGAACCGAAUCACAGCUCGGGGAGCACGGCUUCUGGCCGAAGGGCUGGCCCAGGGGUCUGGCAUCCAAGUCAUCCGCCUUUGGAACAACCCCAUCCCCGCUGAUGCAGCCCAGCGUCUCCAGAGCCAGGAACCCAGGCUGGACUUCGCGUUCUUCAACAGCUGACCCCUGACCCCCUUGAUGCACAGCUCAAACCCUCGGACUCCAGCCACAAGAUGCUACCUUUUCCACCCUCCCCAGUCAGAACCCUGCACCUGCCCCCCCCCAGGGGGGGGCAUGCUUGUCCUGCUCUGGUCUUCAGCGUGGACGCUUGGGGGCACUGGCAGCUCAGUGCAGCCCAGAGAGUCCCUGCAUUGCUUGAGCUGUGGGGCCGAAUGGGCGUGUGGCACAGUGAGGGUGUCCUGAUGGAACCCAUGGUGCGGGGGGUCAGACGUGGCAGAGCGUGACCCAACACUGGUACCACUGGAACCUGUGGCGUGACACACAUGCCCUGUGGCCCGGCGGCAGGACACAUAAUUGGUGGUCCACACACAACACGUGGCAAAUGUCAACAUCACAUCCCUGGCUGGCUGGACAACCUCUGCUGGGCCCAAGAUCUAAUUUAUUACUGUAUUUGUAUUUUUUAAUUUUUUUUAAAGAUUUUUAUUUGUUCACUUGAGUUACAGAGAGGCAGAGACAAAGACAAAGAGAGGUCUUCCAUCCGCUGGUUCACUCCCCAGAUGGCCGCAACGGCCGGAACUGCACCGAUUUGAAGCCAGGAGCCAGGAGCUUCUUCCGGGUCUCCCACAUGGGUGCAGGGGCCCAAGGACUUGAGCCAUCUUGCACUGCUUUCCCAGGCCAUUAGCAGAGAGCUGGAUCAGAAGUGGAGCAGCCAAGACUCGAACCGGUGCCCAUAUGGGAUGCCAGCACUGCAGGCGGCGGCCUUCCCCACUACACCACAGCACUGCCCUUAUUACUGUAUUUAUAUCAAAUCUGUGUCUACAGACUGCGGCCCCGGAGCCACUGAGCCGGGAAAAGUCUUCCUUCCCAAGCCAGGAGGGACAGAAUGAGCACUGACUGGCCCAGGGGCCCAAGUCCCUGCCUGCCUCAAGCCUCAGUUUUCCCAUCUGUGAACUGGGUGACCCCCUUUCAAUGCUGGCUUCCAAGGACUUUGGACCCAGGUCCAGGUAGAACCUGACCAUGGGAUGGGCAGGACCCAAUUUGUCCUGGAGAAAGGACAAAGCCAAGGGUGCAGGAGGGGACAUGGCUAAGAAUUAGCAAGGCCACUGGAUCCGGCCACUACCUCAGCGGAGUCUGGGCAGGCCCCAGGGCUCCCCAUGUUGCAGAGUUCUGUUAUUUCCACGUGGAGCCAAGAAAGGCCCUGCGACCACGCAAGCCCGUUCUGCACAAUGAAUGGUCUUCCAGCCUGCGUCUGACAUGUCCCUCUUCCCUACACGACCCAAAGUGCCCUGGGGUGCUGGGGGCAGCCCUGGCCUGGCAGUCUAGAAACAUUCAAGUUCAAGUUCAGACCCUGUCUCUAGAUGCUCAGGUGGUCAGAGGGAACAUACUCCACGCGCGCCAUGUGUGGGGCACCCCAGGGGCUACAGAAG